AGUAAAAGAAAGAAAAAGUGAAAAAGAGUAGAGCACAAAACUUGGCUUACAACGGUUUGGAUAAGUUCAAUAAUGUUGCGACAGGUGGUACAGGUUCAGCCACAGAGCACGGUUCAAGAGGAAGGGCAAUGGAGCACUGGUCUGUGUGAGUGCUACAAAGACAUGGGCGACUGCUGUUUUGCCCUGUGCUGCCUCCCAGUCUUUACCUGUAAAGUGACCAGUGCAGUGGGAGCUUGCCCCUGCCUACCUCUGCUGGACUGUAUAGGCUGUGUACCACCAGCCUCUCUUGCCAUGAGGGCGUCUGUCAGGCAGCGAUAUGGCAUAAAGGGGAGUGUGUGGAGCGACUGUCUGUAUGGUUGCUGCUGCUAUCCGCUAUCUUGGCUCCAGAUCUCCAGAGAGCUGAAAAGAAGAGCAGCAUCCCACGCCUCUUCUUCUUCAGCCAGAUACACCCAUCUAACAUCCCUGCAGGGGGCGCACUUGGUCUAGACA